AAAACUUCGAACGGCAUCGGAAGUGAGCGGACGCACGCAUCAUUUUCAAACGCGUCGCGUCGAGCGUCAAACAAAUUAAAGAGUGAAGCUAACAAUUCGCAAUUGGAAAAGUUUAGCCAAACAAAAAAAAACAACAAAGACUUGUUUAUUGGCAAUUAGAAGCGCGAAUUGCUUUAAAGCUGAUAUUUGCAUUAAGCCAUUUUAAAAGCGAAGUUAAGGCCAAAGUUUUCUGCCGCGCCGCUUUUUGCUUCGCAAGUCGCAGGUCGAAAAGUGCUCAAACGAGAUUUCCACUUGAAAUUCCUGAAUUUCGUUUGUCUGCGCGAAUCGUAACGAAUCGAAUCCACAAAAGUCGCAAAAGUCGAAUUUAAAUUUGCGGCAACAGAGGUUUUUCUUCUUCUGCAAAGUGCCGAAAUUAGUGUCUUUGUGUUAGUGCUGUAAUUCUUUGUCUGUGUGGGUGUUACGAAUUUGGAUUAGCGGUGUUUUUCGCCUGAUUAAAAACGGUAUGUUGAACAUAAUGGCCAUAAAUACGACGCGUUGAAGGGGCAGAAGUUUAAGUUUUUACCAAAGAAAUGUGCUCAGCAGGUCGCUGCGAUGCCUUCGAGCUGGUGCUGCCGGCGAUGCUGAUGAUGAUGAAGUUGCUGCCGCUCUCGGUCCGCUUUAGCUGCUGACAGCCAAGUGCAGUAUCCGAAAGAUACCAGAUACCCGAAACAAAGGAAAGGAAAAGUGCAUUUCCUGCUGCUACCUAACUUGUGCGUGGAGUUCUACCUACAGACGUUGGAUUCUACCUAUAUACGAUUUUUCGGGAGGGAGUUGAAAAAGAGAGUUACUCGUUGUAAGAAUACUCGCUACUCGUUACAUUUUCGAGCGCUCGACGGCAAGACAUCUGCCAGCCGCUCAGUUUGGUCAAGAAGCGCGUUCGCGACGGCUGCAAAAGAGCGUGUACCGCCGCCGUAAGAAAUACCCGAGAAAAGAGAGCGCCUUGAAGCGCGAACGGACGGGAUAUUCAACCUCUAUAUUCGCCUGAAAGCAAAAAGGAUUAACAGUGAAAAUCAGUGAAGUGAAAGUGCCGGCAAACGCAUCAUCAAUCCUUUUUUACCUUACCAUCUCCCCCGAUCUUAAAUAUUUACCCAGUGGUGAUUGCUGUUGACAAAGUGGAUUGGCAUUCGGGGGACACUUUCAAUUAGGCACGUUGCCGCUGCUUCAUAAAUGUGCCACAAUGGCCACGCCGUCCAGGACGACGUCGAUGCCACCACCCUUCCGGCUCCAUCUUCGGCUAUUGAUACCUCUACUCCUGCUGCAACUACUCCUGCGCCAUGAUGCGGUCCAUGCGGAACCAUAUUCCGGUGGAUUCGGCAGCUCAGCGGUAUCCAGCGGUGGCCUCGGUUCAGUGGGCAUUCAUAUACCCGGCGGCGGUGUGGGCGUCAUCACGGAAGCCCGCUGCCCAAGGGUCUGCUCAUGCACAGGAUUAAAUGUGGAUUGUUCGCAUCGAGGACUCACCUCUGUUCCAAGGAAAAUCUCAGCGGACGUAGAGAGACUCGAGUUGCAGGGAAACAAUUUGACCGUGAUAUACGAGACGGAUUUCCAGCGGCUGACCAAGCUGCGAAUGCUCCAACUAACGGACAAUCAAAUCCAUACGAUCGAAAGGAAUUCCUUCCAAGAUUUGGUUUCCCUAGAGCGACUACGUCUAAACAACAAUCGACUAAAGGCAAUUCCUGAAAACUUAGUGACAAGUUCAGCGAGUCUUUUGCGAUUGGACAUCUCCAACAAUGCCAUCGUCACGGUGGGCAGACGCGUCUUCAAGGGUGCCCAAUCGCUGCGGAGUCUUCAGCUGGACAAUAACCAGAUCACCUGCCUGGAUGAGCACGCCUUCAAGGGAUUGGUGGAACUGGAGAUACUCACGCUGAACAAUAACAACCUGACUUCUCUGCCGCACAACAUCUUCGGCGGAUUGGGACGUCUGCGGGCACUCCGGCUGUCGGACAAUCCGUUCGCCUGCGACUGCCAUCUGUCCUGGUUGUCCCGGUUCCUUCGCAGUGCCACCCGCCUAGCGCCCUACACCCGCUGCCAGUCGCCAUCCCAGCUGAAGGGCCAAAACGUGGCGGACCUGCACGAUCAGGAGUUCAAAUGCUCGGGUCUGACGGAGCACGCACCGAUGGAAUGCGGGGCGGAGAACAGCUGUCCGCACCCAUGUCGCUGUGCGGACGGGAUCGUCGAUUGCCGUGAGAAGAGUCUGACCAGUGUGCCCGUCACCUUGCCCGACGACACCACCGAACUCCGCCUGGAGCAGAACUUCAUUACGGAACUGCCACCGAAAUCGUUCUCCAGCUUUCGACGUUUGCGACGCAUCGACCUGUCCAACAACAACAUAUCCCGAAUUGCCCACGAUGCCCUAAGCGGCCUAAAGCAGUUAACCACUCUCGUGCUGUAUGGCAAUAAAAUAAAGGAUUUACCCUCGGGCGUGUUCAAAGGACUCGGCUCGCUGCAGCUGCUGCUGUUGAACGCCAACGAGAUCUCGUGCAUACGCAAGGAUGCCUUCCGCGACCUGCACAGUUUGAGCCUGCUCUCACUGUACGACAACAACAUCCAGUCACUGGCUAAUGGCACAUUCGACGCCAUGAAGAGCAUCAAAACGGUACAUCUGGCCAAGAAUCCUUUCAUCUGCGACUGCAAUCUGCGCUGGCUGGCCGACUAUUUGCACAAAAAUCCCAUAGAGACGAGUGGAGCCCGCUGCGAGUCACCGAAGCGGAUGCAUCGUCGUCGGAUUGAAUCGCUGCGCGAGGAGAAAUUCAAAUGCUCCUGGGAUGAAUUGCGGAUGAAGCUGUCCGGCGAGUGCCGCAUGGACUCCGACUGUCCGGCCAUGUGCCACUGCGAGGGCACCACCGUGGAUUGUACGGGACGGGGACUGAAGGAGAUUCCUCGCGACAUUCCCCUGCACACAACUGAGCUUUUGCUCAACGACAACGAACUGGGACGCAUCAGCUCCGAUGGCCUCUUUGGUCGCCUGCCGCAUUUGGUAAAGUUGGAGCUUAAGCGCAACCAGCUAACCGGCAUCGAGCCUAAUGCUUUCGAGGGUGCCUCCCAUAUCCAAGAACUGCAGUUGGGUGAGAACAAAAUCAAGGAGAUCUCCAACAAGAUGUUCCUGGGAUUGCAUCAACUAAAGACGCUCAAUCUGUACGACAAUCAAAUCUCAUGCGUUAUGCCCGGUUCCUUUGAGCAUCUCAACUCACUGACGUCCCUGAACCUCGCUUCGAAUCCAUUCAAUUGCAAUUGUCAUUUGGCCUGGUUCGCGGAAUGGCUGCGCAAAAAAUCGCUGAACGGUGGAGCGGCACGUUGUGGUGCCCCGUCGAAGGUACGUGACGUGCAGAUCAAGGACCUGCCCCACUCGGAAUUCAAGUGCAGCAGCGAGAACAGCGAGGGCUGCCUGGGCGAUGGCUACUGUCCGCCGUCCUGCACCUGCACUGGCACUGUGGUCCGCUGUUCACGCAAUCAGCUCAAGGAGAUCCCACGCGGCAUACCCGCCGAGACAUCGGAGCUCUAUCUGGAGUCCAAUGAGAUCGAGCAGAUUCACUACGAACGCAUUCGUCACCUGCGCUCCCUCACUCGACUCGAUCUCAGCAACAACCAGAUCACCAUUCUCUCCAACUACACCUUCGCCAAUCUGACCAAGCUGUCCACGCUCAUCAUCUCGUACAACAAGCUGCAGUGUCUGCAGCGGCAUGCGUUGUCUGGCCUGAAUAACCUGCGCGUGCUUUCGCUGCAUGGUAACCGCAUCUCGAUGCUACCGGAGGGCUCCUUCGAGGACCUCAAGACGUUGACCCAUAUAGCUCUGGGCAGCAAUCCUUUGUAUUGUGACUGCGGCCUGAAGUGGUUCUCCGACUGGAUCAAAUUGGACUAUGUGGAGCCGGGAAUUGCUCGAUGCGCCGAACCGGAACAGAUGAAGGACAAGCUGAUCUUGUCCACACCUUCGUCGAGCUUCGUCUGCCGUGGUCGCGUGCGUAAUGAUAUCCUGGCCAAGUGCAACGCCUGCUUCGAACAGCCUUGCCAGAAUCAGGCCCAGUGCGUGGCUCUUCCUCAGCGAGAUUACCAGUGUCUCUGCCAGCCGGGCUAUCAUGGUAAGCACUGCGAGUUCAUGAUCGAUGCUUGCUACGGAAAUCCUUGCCGUAACAACGCAACCUGCACAGUGCUAGAGGAGGGUCGCUUUAGCUGCCAGUGUGCCCCAGGGUACACUGGUGGUCGCUGCGAGACCAACAUCGACGACUGUCUGGGCGAGAUCAAGUGCCAAAACAACGCCACCUGCAUCGAUGGAGUGGAAUCGUACAAAUGCGAAUGCCAGCCUGGUUUCAGUGGCGAAUUCUGCGACACAAAGAUCCAGUUCUGCAGUCCUGAAUUCAAUCCCUGUGCGAACGGAGCCAAGUGCAUGGACCACUUUACCCACUAUAGCUGCGACUGCCAGGCGGGAUUCCAUGGCACCAACUGCACGGACAACAUCGACGACUGUCAGAACCAUAUGUGCCAGAAUGGAGGAACCUGCGUGGACGGCAUCAACGACUACCAAUGUCGCUGUCCAGAUGACUACACUGGGAAGUACUGCGAAGGCCAUAACAUGAUCUCGAUGAUGUACCCACAGACCUCACCUUGCCAAAACCAUGAGUGCAAGCACGGUGUCUGCUUCCAGCCAAACGCUCAGGGUAGCGACUACCUGUGCAGGUGUCAUCCAGGAUACACUGGAAAGUGGUGCGAGUAUCUCACCAGCAUCAGUUUCGUCCACAACAACUCCUUUGUGGAACUGGAACCUCUGCGUACACGCCCCGAGGCGAAUGUGACCAUAGUAUUCAGCAGUGCAGAGCAGAAUGGUAUUCUCAUGUACGAUGGACAGGAUGCUCACCUCGCAGUGGAGCUGUUCAAUGGACGCAUACGCGUUAGCUACGAUGUGGGUAAUCAUCCUGUGUCGACGAUGUACAGCUUUGAGAUGGUGGCGGAUGGAAAAUACCAUGCAGUAGAGCUACUGGCCAUUAAAAAGAAUUUCACGCUGCGCGUAGAUCGCGGAUUAGCCAGAUCCAUCAUAAACGAGGGCUCCAACGACUAUCUGAAGCUCACUACACCCAUGUUCCUUGGCGGUUUGCCCAUGGAUCCAGCUCAGCAAGCCUAUAAGAACUGGCAGAUCCGCAACCUCACAAGCUUCAAAGGCUGCAUGAAGGAGGUGUGGAUCAACCACAAGCUGGUGGACUUCGGCAAUGCCCAGCGCCAGCAGAAGAUUACUCCAGGAUGUGCGCUGCUCGAGGGAGAGCAGCAAGAGGAGGAAGACGACGAGCAGGAUUUCAUGGACGAAACGCCGCACAUCAAAGAGGAACCGGUAGAUCCAUGUCUGGAGAACAAAUGCCGUCGUGGCAGCCGCUGUGUGCCGAAUUCCAACUCUAGGGACGGCUACCAGUGCAAGUGCAAGCACGGCCAGCGCGGCCGAUACUGCGAUCAAGGUGAGGGCAGCACAGAGCCCCCAACAGUCACCGCAGCGUCCACCUGUCGCAAAGAGCAGGUGCGCGAGUACUACACAGAGAACGACUGCCGUUCGAGGCAGCCGUUGAAGUACGCCAAGUGCGUGGGCGGCUGCGGCAACCAGUGCUGUGCGGCCAAGAUUGUGAGGCGGCGCAAGGUGCGCAUGGUGUGCAGCAACAACCGCAAGUACAUCAAGAACUUGGACAUCGUGCGCAAGUGCGGAUGCACCAAGAAAUGCUACUGACUGAAAGAUGCGACUACCCAAUUGCUCGAGCGGAGCAAUAGCAGCUUAGAUGUUAGUUUAGGAACAGGUUUAAAUCUAACUUAUAGUAGUAGUAAUAGUAACGAUAGUCUUAGCCAUAGCACUAGGGAUAGCACGGAUGUUAGGGGGGCGAAGGAUGAUGUGGAGGAUAAUGUUGAAGCGGGGGUGACAACGGAGGAGGUGCGGGAUGAUAGUGAAGAUUACCCCACGGAUGGCAUGCAGUCCGAUCUCUACGACGACACCAUCGAUGAUGAUGAUGAUGAUGACGAUGGUCUCGAUGAUGAUUAUGCAGAUGAAGAGGAUGGGGAGGAGGAUCCAGAGCAACUUCCCGAUCCCAAGGGUCUGGUAAGUGUUCCGGACGAAGAGGAAGACAUGGGCUACGACGAGGAUGACGAGCGGAUCGCCAUGGAGAGGCCAAGAACGGUUAGGCCCAGGCCCGAUGAGGAGCACUUCCUCAACGAAGAGGGCAGCGGCUUCGGUGGCUUUCGGUCACGGUUCAGGCCGAGCAACAGCUUCCGUGAAAGUCAGCUGGAGAACAUUCGCAAGAAGCUGCUCACAGAAUCCCAAACAGCUCCGGAAGCGGCCGUUGCGGUGGCCGUCCCGAGCACUGCGAUCGAUCUGCGGGAGAGCAGCGGCCACUUUGCCAACGAUGACGAGGAUGGCGAGGACGGCGAUGACGGCGUCGACGACGAGUUCGCUGACACGGGUGAGAAUCAGGGGCGCGGCUUCUUUGGCUCCCAGCAGCGCAAGAAUGGUCCGUAUCACCGCAAGAACGGCAAUGAUGCGAUAAAGAUCAUCUCAACGCCACUUGGCAAGGUGAGCAUUGUGUACCAGCAGACGGACAAAGACCAGAGUCCAGACAAGGACGCGCAGCAACCGCAGCAGAAGAAGCCGGCGCUAACCGACUUCGACGCCCUGUCACCGGACCCCGAGAGCAGUCAUCGCUUUCCGUCGCCCCACCCCAAGAUUACACCUGUUCUGACGCCCGAUGGCAAGGUGGCGCUGCUCUAUCGCGGAGACUCGGAGAGCUCCAAGUACGAGCCCAUUCGCAACCUUACGCAUAAGUUUGCCGGACAGCCGGCAAAGGAGCCAAAGGCUAAAACCGAAGACUCUUCAUCCUCAGAGGACUCUGUCUACACGGACAGCGAGGAUGCAGAGGACAGUAAAGGCGAAUCAGGUGCAGGAAAGCCUUCCUUAGUGGCUAGCACACCAAAGCCACUGCAGCCGGAGAUCUUAGAACCGCCGGAUAAUGUCCAACCAGGGGGAUCCUUUAUAAUUCGUCCCACCUCCGACUCACUGCUGCCAAUGAUCAACCGGCCGCUGUCGGAGGUGCUGGGCAUCAAGAAGAACCAGUUCCAGGAAACGAGAGUACGUGAUCAGUUGCCCACGCAGCAGCCACCGCCUCCACUGCCGGAGGCUACGUCACGUAGUCCCGUUUCCGGACAUCAGUUCCUUGCCAAGGUGAACCUGGCUGAGUUCCCGACGUCCGGAAGGACGUUGCAGACGCCGCUGCUCCCCAGUAGCCACGACUUUGACUUCAGCCGUGACAACACGAUGCUGGAUGAAAGGUCGCGGGUGCGUGAGUUGGAGAAGCAGCGGGAGCGAGACAAGGAGCACAACGAGGCCACCAGCAAGGGAGCCACCGAGGCGCACACUAUUGCCAAUGAGCAGCUACUCUCCAAGACGGAGGUUAUCAAUUUGGCUAUUGUGCCGCAGUUCGAUGAGGACAUGGAACGGUUACAACGGCUGCAAGAGAAUGGUGGUCGGCGGCACCAUAGGGCGCGGCAUCGUCAUCGCCAAAAGACCGAAGAGGAACUGUCUGGCAUCCAUUGCAUCAUGCAGGUCAUGAUGGGCGUGGCCGCCGUGUCGACGGUCUUCGGCAUGCUGGGCACCUUCUUCAAGCAACGCAUCCUUGAUCAGCUGCGAAUGAUGCACUGGUAGUACAACACGGGGGAUUCGAUGUCUGAUAUCGAAUGCCCCACAUCCCCUCACCCCAUAUCCGUUCCCUGCAUCGUCAUGAUCAUCAUCCAGUCUAUGGAGGCUAGUUGCCUUUAAGAUGCGAGAUCCUUCUACUACUAGCGCUCCUCCAGCACUCAUAUACUCCUAUAUAUACUCGUACUCGUACUCGUACCAUAUGCCAUAUAAUAAUCGCAUAAUCUAUGUAACACAGCGGCAUCGAUUUGCUUUCGUCCCCUUCCGCUUCUUUAUAUAUAUAUAUAUAUUUAUAUAUCUAUCUUAUCCUUCGGCAAUGUGCCUGCUCUUGCAGGCACUUCCUUGCCACACAUGUAUUCUAUAUAUUCGCAUUUAUCAAUUUACUAGUGCAAGCUACCCAGGCGAUGUACAUAAUAACUAAACCAUAAUAUGUCGAUCGAUCGAUCCGGAUAUCUAUGUAUUUAUGUGAGACGCAACUGUAGCCCCUGCCAAGUCCUCCGGAAAUUAGCUGACCCCCAGUCACUUCUUCCCUGUUCCAAUAUUCUUUCGCACGUUGUGUGCCCCUUUCCCGUAGAACAGCAUUCACAUCACAUUCGACCACAUCAGCGUAAACAAGCUUUAAGCAAGUCAUUGCAUGUGCCACGCCCCCUUGAAAUGAACGCCCUCCAACCCCCGCCCAGCAUGAGCCCCACAGAAAAUACAUUCCCUAAACCCCCAACCAUCCGUCAUCAGAAGGCCAAGUCGAAGAACUCGGAAUUGGACGUAGAACAGAUUCCUUUUGUAGAUAGAAAACGAAAAAGAAAAACAGUUGUUGGGAGAUAACCAGAUGAAGGUCGCAUGACAAACGAUAAAUAAUGAUAAACUAAAAACUAAAGUUAUAAACAAAACAAACAAACAAAAAAAAAAAACAGUAAAAUCGCACAGAAGCACACGCAUUACAAAACACAAUCCUGCAACGGUCGUUUAAAACGCGCCGUUCAGGGGUCUCAAAGAAACGAGUUAAAUGAUAAUAAGUGCAUAACGAAAACCUUCUUUAGUCUAAGUUGCUCAAAGGAAAGUAUUUUGAUAGAACCAGAAAUGGAACGAGAAACCAAGUAACCAAGAAACCACUAAAACCACAAAGAAUCGAAUUGAAAUGAAACGAAACAAAGGCCCCCAAAACGUGUAACGAAUUUCGAGCAAAUUGUUGCAAGUGUUUUUCCUAGAUAUAGUCCUAAUUAAACUAAAUGUGUGCAAAUCGAAGCGUAACUAAUAUUAUAAUUAAUCUAAACUAAUUGAGGAAACAAAAAACCUAAACAUAAAUCGGAUAACAACAUCUAAGCUGGGUAGUCGCAUGUAAAUCUCUAACAAUUAACAAUUACCAACCUAAGUUAGACCUAAAAACAAAAAUCGAAACAAAAUCGAAUCGCAUUUAAAGAAACCUACAUAAUAAUAAUAAUUUAUACUAAUCUAUAUAUACUUAUAUGUAUGCUGUAUGUAUGUAUGACCCUAUAUGUAUAUGUAAAAUGUUUUUGACUAUUUUUCACUAUUUAUAUCCAUAUAUAUUAUAUAUGCAUAUACGAUACAUGUGUAAUAGCCCCUUUUGGUCAUUUUAGUUGUCUUUUAUAUAUAUAUUUAAUACGUGUAUUAUUUUUAUUAAUUAUUCAAGUAUAACUAUGCGCACCAAUUACACGCAUAUUUUUAUGUAUAACCUAUUGACAAAUAUAUAUAUAUAUAUAUUAUGUGUAAUAGCUGUUGCUAAACCAAGUUUAAUUAUCAGUUUUUCAUUUUCCCUUCAUCCGGCGAAGCUUUCGACGGUUCACAGCCGCAAAAUUGUGUUCAUGCUAAUCAAUUAGAAAGAGAACGUGUCCCGCAAUCGAAGUAAUUCGAGAAACAUUCGGGGAAAUGACAAUUAUAGUAUUCAUUUCUGUGUGUAAUAUUUAUUUCCUAAUAAAAAUGACAAAGAAAAAUGUUUAAAA